AUGAACUUGCAACAACAACCUGUAAUUGCCUUGUCAAACCUCUCCUCAACCUCUGGCGACUGCUUCGAGACCUCCAGUCAGCCAGGCAGCGAAGAGCUGGAGUCAAGCUUUUUCAGUAUUAUCAGUUUUAGUCAUCAGCAUGAGUCAUCAUCAUCAUCAUCUUCAUCUUCAUCUUCACCCUCAUCAUCAUCAUCAUCAUCAUCAUCCUCACCUCAAACGACGUGCGACGCAAUAGGCCGUUGGACAAGCUUCAGGACUGCGUCCAGUGUAAGCAAAGAUGACGAUCCUUGGCUGCAAUGUGACGGAAAUGGGCGAUUUCGCUUUAACCCCCGCAAUUUUCGAGUUAAAUUUGGCGCCAAGAUUGAAAAAGAUGCCAGAAGCGGCCGUUUGUCAGCGCCCCAAAGAGGGUUAAAUCUUCAUGACGCCAUUGAAUGA